AUACUUUGCCCCAGAUCUUAUUCAUUUUACCCUAAGAGAAGAAGCUAUGACUCGAAGACCGACAAAACGCCACCGUUUCCUGAAACCGCAUCCUUUUGCUUUCUCUGCGUUUGCUCGUUCUGUUGCUCAAGUUGCCUCUAACUUCAAGCACAAGCGUCAAACCCAUAACCCCAAGUUCCAGGAUAAAGUUAUCUCCAAAUCCUCAGAUGACCAUUUCACGAAGCACUCUUUGAAGGAGGAGGCAGGAGCAUCUGAAUCUUCAGAUGAAGAAGGGCAUAAUGAAACCAUCAAAGCCGAUUUUGCUUUCUUUGAUCCGAAACCUAAUGACUUUCAUGGAGUGAAGAUCUUGCUACAGACCUACCUUGACAACAAGCAGUGGGAUUUGAGAGGAUUUGUAGACUUGAUACUGGCACAAACCACAGUAGGGACAGUGGUUAAGUUAGAGGAUGCAGAAGAUGAUGGGCUAUUCUCUGUUGUUACUGCCCUUAAUUUGGGGCAAUACAAGGAUAAUAGGUGUUUUAUGGAGCUCAAGGAGUACUUGCUUGAAGUAUGCCAAGAGAAGAAUGUAUUGGGUAAACUUCGAUUGAUUUUGGGAGAAGAAGCAUCAAAUGUGGGGCUAUUGGUUUCCCAGCGUGUGGUGAAUCUUCCUCCUCAACUUUUGCCUCCACUCUAUGAUGCCCUUUUUGAUGAAGUCUCAUGGGCAACAGAAGAUGAGCCAACGGAGGAGCUCCGGGAUUCCUUCCGCUUUAAGUUUUAUUUAGUGUUAACUAGAAUCUACAAGCAUAAGAGUGCCAACCAACAGAAGGGUACAUCAAGACAUUGCAGUGAUGAACCAAUGAUAUAUAUUAAGCCAGAAGAUGAGAUUUUUCAUAAGCUAAGCUCAUGGUCCUUUAGUUAUCCUCUUCGGACGCAGCAGCUGGCUAUGCAUGAGCUAAGGAAUUACAGUCUGACAGGACUUGUCAUGGUUGUAGAAGCAGACAAGAUCCCUACAUUUCGGAAGGAGUUGCAAUCUCUAAUAAGCGAAUCUUGAGGCCAUCCCAAAGUGAGGUCUGUUGAUGUUUUUUUGUUAUGGGUAUUUUUUCUCCUGAUUUCUGCAAAAAAUCUU